AUGUCACCACCUCAUCCUCUGCCGGCUCACCAUCAACAACAACACUCCAGUUCCCUUCUUUACAACAACAACUUGUCACCGCAAACACUACAUCCGAGAGACAAUCAUAACGAUCAUACGUAUGAAGAGAGUACAAGUAGCUCUGGUACGACGACCACGACCACCACAGCACCCAUGAUGAACAGCAGUAACAUUGUCAAACAUCAUCAUACAAAGAAUAGUCAUUCCUCUUUUCAUUCAUCCUCCACCACGUCAUCACAGAAUUCAUUGCUAAAUCGAUGCUUAUCCUUCUCCACUCGAAUGCUCAUUUUAAUAUUUUUCAUUGGGUUUUUAUUUGCCAUGUAUUCCAUGUUACGAUUUCAUGGUAAAGUAAUAUCAAAUAAGGCAGAUACAUCUGUGAGAAAUGAAUUUAUUACAAAACCAGUGAUUGAAAGAGUAUUUAAUGGAAAGAUUGAUUAUUCAGAAGAUUCUGAGGAUGAAAAGAAUGAUGGUCCUCCCAUGAGUGGUGAAGCGAUAAAUUUUGCUUCAAAACUCAUUGGAGCUGUUGUCACUCACAAGGAUGGGUUUACAAGUGUUGUUUCCAAUGGUGGUGGUAGUGAUGGUAGUGAUGGCCGUGAUGGUUCUAACACUCAUGGAGGUGUUGUUAGUGAUGGUUCUAACACUUCAGUGGAUCAAGAAGAUGAUAUAGAAACAGGAACUAUGUUCAAUCUUGUUUGUAAUGUGAACAAGUUACAACCAGCGACUGUUGGUUCAAAAGAUCAAUUAUCGAAUAAGAACUCUCUUGCAAGCUCUAAAUGUGUGGAUUGCAACAAAAUUCAAGAAUUGAAAGGAAUCAAAACAAGUAUUUGCAAACCAUCGAGUAGUGGAACGAGUUUCUUAAAAUGCAUUCAAUACGAUGCUUUUACGAAAUUAUGUCAAGCUAAUAAUUUAAUUAUUAAUUUAUCUAAAAUUAGAAAAGUGAGCUGUUUAAGAUAUAGAAAUGAGAAUUGUGCCUAUUCCAAUUCCAAUUCAUAUUAUUCAUAUGAUUCUAAAGCCUAUUUAUUAGAUUGUGAUUUUGACUAUUCCAAAUUUACCAUCUCUUCACAUUCUAAAGAUUUCCAAAAAGAUAUUUUUGCAUCCUUUUCAAAAGAUACAAAUCCUGAAGAAACCGAAAGUAGAAGUGACAUUGUCAAACGAGAAAACGAAGUCUCUAUUUUAGUUUUCAGAGAAAAUGGUCCUCGAAACGAAAUUGAAAAUAUUUUCUAUGUGAUGAGUGAAUUAUAUAACACGUAUUUAUUGACAGAGGUUUUUGAUUUAAAUUGGAAACAUCUGGAUAUUGUAUUUAUGGAUGAUCACAAACCAUCCAAGUUUGAUAUAUUAUGGAAAUCACUUUUUAAGAGUGUGAAUUCCAUGAGCAAUAUUUAUAAGGAAAUGAAUCAAGUUGUAAGAUUCAAACAUGUGAUCUUUCAACCAAGUGUUUAUGCUUCACCAUUGGUUUUAGCAUCAAAAUCGACGAUUGAGCAAAACGAACAUUGUAACAUGAAAGCUUUGAUCAAUAAUUUUGCUUCCAUAUUGCUACAAACGUUCAAGAUUGAAAAGCACGCUAAAAGAACCUCCGAAAAGCCUCUUGUUAUUCUAGCGUUGGACGAUGAGGAUGUUAAGAACACUCUCUCUAAACGAACUGGUAUUGAACUGGCGCUACAGUUUGCCUCCUUAACCAUCAAAGAACAAUUACAACUCGCUACUCAAAGCUCCUUGUUGAUCGGUCAAGGUGACAAAUUGAUAUUGUCUCUCUUUCUUCCUUCCACCUCUGCAGUCAUUGAAAUUCAACAACAAACAUCAUCGUAUGGAGAUGCUUUUCACAGCAUUGCAGAAUGGAAAGGACUCAAAUUUUCAAGGAUUGACAAGUCCAAAGUGUUAGCUGAAUUCGAAAAAUUGUUUCCUGAUCGAUAA